CCCCCGCCGCAGCGCUGAGGCCGGGGACGGUCAGGAAGGUGUCUCCAUCGUGGUCCAGCCCUUUGCUGCCGGGGCUGAUGUCACUUCUGCAGAGCACGGCGCCGUCUACACCCGCACACCCGACAUGCGGCUCCGCGCCCUGCACCCCGUCCUGGUGCCCGUCUUCUGCGGGAUCCUCUCCGUGGCCUCCCCGGGGAUCUCCUCCAACACAGCAGGUCCAAAUAUGACACCAGAGGCUGCGGUGCGUACUGAAGACAGCUGGAAUAAUCACAGCAUAGCAGAGCACAGCAUAAUGAUACCAGGCUUAUCCUCCACUGACAACGAGAAGAAUGUAGUCAUCAACGACACGCACCGUGUGAAGCUUGGAUGUAACCUAACUGUUGACGCCAAGGAUUUACAAAUCAAUGUUACAUGGAGACAUGAAAAGGAAGAAAUUAGCAGCAACCUGUAUACAUAUGAUAACACAGAUAAUCAAUGGCGCACAACGUAUGAAUUUGUCGUAACAGACAUGAACAUGACCGGGAACUAUACCUGUAGUUUUAGCUCCAUGACAGAAGUAAAUGGAACAUUUAGUUUACAAGUGCCUUCGGUCCAUGGUGGGAAAAAUGUUUUAGUAAGCUAUAUUGGAGAUUUCUUAGUUCUAAAAUGUGAUGUCUCAACGAACCAACCCGAUAAAUGGUUAUGGUACAAAGUCACUGAGAACGAGCAGGUGCUACUAAAUUUCUCCAUGGAUCCCAAAAAAUAUGAAGAACUUAGCGACAAAAGCAAUGAAACAAAGCUGAGAAUUACAGAUCUGUCUGAAAGUGAUAACGGCAGCUAUGUGUGCAAGGCCUUUUUUAAAAAUGUAGAAAGUGAAGGCCUGGUGUAUAUUAGAGUUCUCAGUUACUGGGUUCCUCUGAAGGUCUUCCUUGUUAUUGCCGGUGAAGUUGUAGUCAUAGUGACCAUAAUAUUGGUCUAUGAGGCAAUAAGCAAGAAGAAACGGGUUCAAGAAGACGAUAAAAAAGACUAUGAACCAAUGGCACAACUAAAACCUGAGGACGGCAGCACUGACGAAACCAGCACCACCCGGCAGAGGAAGGUCUAAUACUCAAGUGAAGCGAAUUCUCAUGCAACGGUUCAGCUAUUCUACAUCCAAUAUCUUGACAUCAGAUUAGGUCACCAUGACCCAACCAACAGAUCUUCAGAGGCCUUUCUGCAGCGCUGCUGACCUAUGGAGAUAACACGAACCAUAUUCAUUAUCGUCAUUAAUGUAUCCUCCUACACAGAGGCGUAUAUUUCCCUCAAUGAAGUCUUUAAAUGGUCCCCUACCAACCAUGUGCCACUUAUAGCAAGCACCCUCUAUUCAGAAGGCACACUGCUGCAUGUGAGUGUCGCACCAUGGGGCGUAUUGAAAUGGGUAGCACGCCAUCUGUACAGAUGCUGCAUUAUUUUAUUAGUAUCUGCUUUUUUUUUUUUUUGCCAGAGGGCUUUUGGAACCCCUUAGAUCCAGGGUUUGGGUGUAACCGCUACCUCUGCACCUUCUAUGAGGUCUCAUGCACACGACCAUGGUUUUGUCCACAUCCGUAUGUCUGUUCCACGGCCCCGCAAAAAAAAUAGAACAUGUCCUAUUCUUGUCCGUUGCAGACAAGGAUAGGACAGUACUACAGAGGGCAAGACGUUCCGCUCCGCAAAAUGGGAACGCACACGUUGGUAUCCGUGUUUUGUGGAUCCGUGCAUGAGCCAUGUGAUCCUGUUUCAACAAGAUGUGCAAUGGUAAAAAUAAAUGUCAAAGACAAAUCCUGACAUAGUUUUUUUUUCCUACAAAAUACUUGCAUUCCCAAAAAUGUGCAUCUUUUUUAGAACUCUGUUGUGCCAUUCCUCUGUUACUCCUUCUUGAAAUGUAGGACUAUAUUACAUAGGAGUAUAUUGACCACUCUCCUUGUCAACGGCGGGUGUCUCUACAUCAGGGUUUCUCAACUCCGGUCCUCGGGACCCACCUACCAGUCUGGAUUUGAGACUAUCCCACAGAAUGAAUACCUGUGGUAAGUCCUGAUGCAUUGACACUAAUUAUAUCACCUGCUCAAUACUAAGGAAAUCCUGAAAACAUGACUGGUAGGUGGGUCCCGAGGACCGGAGUUGAGAAACCCUGCUCUACAUAGACAUGAUCCAAUAGGUGCUGACUGUGUAGGGGCACACCUUUUUCAUAAAGGGAAUGGUGACACCCAUUUGGCACAACACAGGCUUCUACGAAAAGAUGCUCCAGAAUGAUGAAAGGGUGAUACAAGUAUUUACUUGUGGCAGAGUGAUCCGGCAAGCAGUAUGCCAACUGAUGGCAUUUGUAAGACUGAUCAGGAUCCUGAUCAGUCUUAAAAAUGCCUGAUCAGUCAGAAAAAUGCAUUGAAAUGCCGGAUCCGGCA